AUGGCGGUCGGCGUCUCCGCCGACAGCGAGUGCUACCUUGGCAGCAUCUUCCACUCGCUCGAGCACCUGCCGCAGUGGUAUCAAGUCAUCGCCUUACUCGGUAUCUUCUUUCUCUUCCCCCUUCGCGAGAUUGCGGUGAUCAGCUGGCUUGCGGCCUCUCUGCACAACUCCUUUGGUACAGAGAUGGUGUGGUCAGACGAAUAUCAGCGGCUUCUUGAGCAAAUGUCCUUCAACGAGCGACUCUGCUUCACACUCUACGGGGUCGCAUUGUCCGUUUUGGCAUUCGCAGCGUACAGCGUAUUUGGUCGCGACGCUAUCUACAUUGGUAUAGAGGAGUCUGGUCUCUCCGGGGGGCGCAAAUGGUGGCCGGUCGUCAUUGUCUGCGCGGUGCUCGGCUGUGAGGGAAUGGUAAUACUGAAAGAGGAGGUGGCUAGCACGCUUUCCGACACCACGUCACUUGCUUAUCUCGCCGUGGCGGGAUUUCAAGGCAUCGAGAAAGCAAAUUUUGAUCCCCGCUUGGCGAACAGCAAUAUUCACUUUAUUAUUCAGCUUGAAAUUCUGAAAGCACUUCUUGUAUCAUUCCUGGAGCGUGUGGUGCCGGCCGUUAUUCUCGCCUGUGGUUACCGUCUACUGCGCGAUGUUCCGCGAAAGGCCCAUGCAGCCCUUCGAUGGUAUAUUAUCACAGUCAUGCUGUCACGCUCGCUAAUUGCAUUAUAUGUCAUGUUUCGGAAUGAUGAAUGGGAGCGGCAGAGCUCGUGGAUUCUUUUUGCCUCAUCACUAUCGUUUUUGGGUGUGGUCAAUUACGUCUUUGGACCCUCUAAGCGUGGCGGGUGGACAGCGGCAACCUCUGUUGUCUCGUCAAUUCAUCAAACAAUUCAGGGUAUUGUCAAGUGUACUGCGAUUUUUUUUGUUAUUUACCUCUCGGUCCUGGCGAUAGUGGUGAGUGUUCACGUUGUGGAACUGCUUCUUAUUUGGCUCAUCUUCUUUUUGACAACGGUUUGGAUCCCGGCUAUCAUUGACUCCUGCUCGAUGGACUACGCCGUAUGCAUUGCGACUGCAAUCAGUUUUGUGGCUCGCCAAAUGGACUACCUAACGGAUUGGGGAUCUGUUCGGCUCUGGGGUCUCAUCUGCCUGUGUUGGCUUGACGUGUGCCUCUUUUACAAUUUAGCCACUAACGCAUGUCAAUCCCGCUACGGUGGGAUUGUCGCUGUCUCCAUGUUAAUGGCAGGGUUUUGGCGCAUCACAGGGCGAGGCGUGGGCACGGGUGACUUCGUCACAUUUCUUGAAACUAACGCGGCGGCAUUGCGAGAGAUUGUGGAGGAGGCACCGCCUCAAGGAGAUGAUACGUUAUCUGACCGCAAUGCAAUGAUGGCUUUAUUCACAUCACUGAUUCAGUAUGGGCUUGCUGUGGGAUUGUUUCUUAUUGCCUGUAUAGCUCUUAUGAGUGUUUGCGAGUCUCGGGAUGUUCGUGCGCGUCUACAUGGUUAUAAUAUUGUGAUUCUGACCCCUGGAGUGCUUUUUAGGAAGUUUGUAAAAACGUUCAUUUUCGGUGUCUGUUCCACGAUAUUCAUGGUGACGGGUUUGGCGCUUUAUCGUCUUCUGCCACAACUUGCAAUGUUCGCGCCAGAUUUCUUUACACUUGGUAUGGCUAUUGGUCUGGCAUGCACUAUACUUGGUGGCCUUAUGGAUAUGCAGGAGUUUCUCUACGUUGGGCUCAUGCGUCUGCUUGGUGUGAUGGAUCCACCUGCAGUAAAUGACGAAGAAAAGGAGAUUGAAAAGAGUUCAUUCAUUGGGUCGAGUCAAUCAUCUAUCACGAGACGCUAUGCCACAGGGCGCUAG